UGAAAGCGCAUGCGUCAUUCUUGACUUUGUAGAAUAAUAUAAACAAAAACAAAAUGCUUUGAUAACAUUUACGAAAUACAGAAAAAUGAUAUUGUUAUUCCACUGGUUUACAAGUUUUCUCUACAGUUUGUUUAGAAAACGAAUGAAACAAAGAGCUCCCUCAUCGUGGAGUAACUUCACCAUAACCAAGCUAAAUUCACCAAACCAUCCUUUGGCUCAACGUGACGCCGAAAACGAUAUAAAAUUUGAUCCCCCGGUGUACAAACAGCGAUACGAAAGAGCAGUCGAUAUCCUUUUGGACGAAAAAUGGAAAAACCAAGUAAAUAAAGUGGUGGAUUUUGGUUGUGCGGAGUUCGGUUUCUUUGUCUUCCUCAAGAACAGACUAUCAUUAAGCGAACUGUUACUUAUCGAUAUUGACGAUUUGUUACUGAAUGAUUAUCUCUACAGAGUGUACCCCUUAAACGCCGAUCAUUUGGUUGGAAGACCAAAACCUUUAACUGUAAAUGUUUACGCAGGAAGUAUUGCAGAACCCGACCCAAGUCUGUUAAACACAGACGCUGUUAUUGCAUUAGAAAUCAUUGAACACUUGUAUCCUGAUACACUAGACGCGCUUCCAUACAACAUAUUCUCAUACAUUAGACCAAAAUUAGUAAUUGUAACAACCCCAAACGCCGAAUUCAAUGUUUUGUUUACAAAAUUGCAAAAAUUUAGGCAUGCUGAUCACAAAUUCGAAUGGACCAGGGAGCAGUUCCAGUCAUGGGCCACCAACAUAACAUCACGAUUUCCUUCAUACACAGUCCAGUUUGAUGGUGUUGGCUUAGGCCCUCAUGGAACUGACGACAGCAUUGGUUGUUGCUCUCAAUUAGCUGUGUUCAUCAGAAAAGACGUUAUCUGUGAUACUUACGAGGAAACUUGCAAUGUUUCAAACGAUUCUUGCGGCUGUAAUUCUUAUGGUGUCUGUACAUAUCAUUCCCACUCUCGAAAACUACCAGACUAUAAAUUAAUUGCAUCAAUUAAUUAUCCUUACGAUGUUGACACGCGGACUGAAGACGAAAAAAUCUUAGAUGAGCUCAAAUAUAGAAUGCAUUUAUUCGAAAACAGUGAAGAGGAGUUUUACAAUGUCGAAACUAAGUGUUUCCAAAUACCACUUAAUCAACUUAUUUACCACAUAACAAAGCCGUUUCCACCAGAACCGGAUAUAAGAAAAAUAUUGUUAAAAUAUAAUUACAAAAUUGAAGAAUGUCGGAAUCCAAUUACUAAGAAACUCGAAUCUUGCGUAAUUUAUGAGGCUGAAAUGGACAGUGGGGGCUCCGGUAGUGAUACCGAAGCGUCAGGCUAUGGUUCAGACAAUAAAUACAACGUUGAUGAGGGCAAGUUUAGCGAUUGGGACGAAAACGACUUAACGUGGACCAGCUCCACAAGCAAAGAGAAUGAACCGGCUGUGAGUAGCAAAGGCGUCAAAACGCAGCUCCACUUAGAAGUCAACGAGAGCAAAAACCCGCAAGCUUUAUUCGAUUCCGGUUACCAAAAAUCGCCUCCUGACGACUCGCCCCAAUCAAAAGACCAGGCCGUUGCUCUAGACUUUAAAAGCUUGAAUGAUAGACCGAACAAACUAUCGCACAUUUUAUCGGUGUUUGAUAAUUUCGACAAAAUCAACGAACUAGAUGCGGUCCGGCGGGAAAAAAAGUACUUCAAUUUCGCCUCAAAUCUGCCGCACCGCGAAGUGAUGAAAAAAAUUUGCCAAGAAAUCGCCAAACAUCCAAUUGCUGGACCUUCACGCGAUCCAAAAAAAGGGAAACAGCUGAAAAAGUCACAAUCGUCGGAUAGUGACGAAUCGGUCGACGAUGUCAAGUCGAUAACGACUUGCAUUUUGGAGAAUUCCCUAAACAAAAUUGAGUGUCAGGAUGAGGAUAUACGGGGGAAUUUGAUACAAGAGUUGAUACCGGAGGAGAAUCUGGAAGAAAUUCCAGUUGUUGAACCAAUUUUAAUAGUAGAAAACGGCGAUUUAGCUAACAAUAACAGGGACUUGGAGGGUAAUAAUUACCCGGCUGAAGACGUGGAACAAAACGACGAAAUUGUGGAUAAUCAAGAAUUGAUCAAUGCUAAUAACAAUGACGUGGAGGUGGCCGUGGCUCAAGCCGAGGAGGACGAAGAGGAAAACAUAGAAAUUGAGCCUCCGGUUGACGUAGAAGUGGCUUGGUCCAGCCGUGAAGCCCUCUUUGAUAUAAACUCGCAAGUUGAUUUACUUGAAGAUUUUGAAAUGGAGGCUUCGGAUGUUGUAGUCAAUGGUGUUUCUUUUCCAAACAGUUGCGUAAUUGUGGCCGAGAAUAAUGAUCCAGUGCUACCUCCCGAAGAGAGCGGCUUUCCUAAUUGGUUGUUGCAGAUUUUUGAUGAGGCUGAGGUUUUGCCGCCUGAAGAUGACCUGCAUGAUGAGCCUCAUUUCUACUGUCAGGGUGACGGGCUAGGGGUUCACCCAUCCACUGUUGCCAUAAAUGACGACGAUGCGGACGACGAGGGCAACGAUUCUGGUUCAGAUUCGUCGUCAUCGAGCGGUUCUGUUGAUUUUGCAAACGCUGAUGAUCAUUCUGUUCAAGAAGUUUUCGUGGCCGAUGAGUCCCGAAAUGACAAUAGUUUGGUACUAGUGGGUCAACCAAUGUCUAUUCAAGAACCAAAUGAAGAAGUCGAGACCUCGGACCAAGAAGACGUGUUUGAAAACGCCGAGGGAUCAGAAUCUAAUUUAGUUGCUAGUUCUUGUACUCAAUAAAUCUCAAACCAAGUGUAGUUAUUUUCAUUUGUAACGAGACUGAACGCUUUUGUAAUGAAUAAAACUUGUGUUUCUAUGUUA